AUGUCUCUGCUACACCCGCACUUCUCACCCUCGCACACGCCAGCGCCCGGCUUUUCGUCGCUGUUCCGGCUGUUGGACGACUUUGAUCGGUACGCCGCCCAGGGCACCGGCACCAGCAUCUCGGCCUUCACGCCCAAGUUCGACGUGGCCGAGCACGCCAAGGAGUAUGUGCUGCAGGGGGAGCUGCCGGGCGUGUCCCCCGAGAACGUCGAGAUCGAGUUCACCGACGACCACACACUCCUCGUGCGCGGCCGCUCGGAGCGCACGCAUACCGAAGGCGACGCCAGCCUGCUCGAGGCACCGGCUGAGCAGAAGAAGAUUGAGGGGGUCGAUGGUGGCAAGAAGGAGGCUGCCGUGACUAAUAAUAAGGACAAGGAGAGUAAGGAAGGCGGCGAGGAGAAGUCCAAGCCUCGAUACUGGCUGAGCGAGCGGUCCUAUGGCGAGUUCUCGCGCUCGUUCAACCUCCCUGCCGGCAUCGACCAGGACAACGUCAAGGCCAAGUUCAAGGACGGUAUUUUGACCAUCACCGUCCCCAAGGCGGAGAAGAAGACUGGCAAGAGGAUUCAGAUUAACUAA